AUGGCGAACCCGUACGAGCAGCGGGAGGACCCCUUCAGGGAGAAGACGUUGGGGUCCCCCCACGCCCCCGCCGCGCCGCACGCAGCUGCGGCAGGGCAGACCACGAUAAUCACCCCCUUUGCCGAGCCUCAGACAUCGUACACUUCCGCGGAGCAGUCCGGCCGGUUUGGACAGCCGCUGGGACACACGGCCACGAGUCAGGCGUAUAGCCCGCAACAGCAGUUCUACGACGGCCCCAGCUCUCCUGGCUCACCGGGGCCGCUGCCUCCGCCGCCCCCAGCCUCGCCCGUUAAGGAGCAAUCCACGCAGACGAUGGUCGAGCAGCAGCCACAAGAGCCGCAAGAGGGGCAGGCGUCCUCGACCUCCAGGUUUUGGACCAUUGAAUUUUACCAGCAAUUUUUUGACGUUGACACCCGACUCGUGCUUCUGCGAAUGAGCAACGCCCUGGUGCCGAUCAAUCCUCCUGACUUCUUAAUGGAUCGUGAGUGGCGCAACGACGCCGUGCAGACCCCGCCAUAUGAAUUACAAGAGGCAGGUGUGACGUUGUCACGAAAACCCGACUUGUACGGUCCCUUUUGGAUCUCCACAACCUUGUGGAUGACGCUGGGGGUUGUGAGCAAUAUUAUGAAUAGGAUUGCGUUUAGUCACCAGCCGUCGGACAGCCGAAAAAAGUGGGAGUAUGACUUUACGAUGGCAUCUAUUGCCAGCAUUGUUAUCUACCUGUAUUGCUUUGGACUAAGCUGUUUUGUCUGGGGGGUGAUGAAGUAUAAGGAGCUGCCCGUCUCAUUGUUGGACACGCUCUGCCUCUACGGGUAUAGCAUGUUCAUCUUCCUGCCUGUGGUAAUUCUUUGCGCGAUUCCGGUUUCCGCACUCCAAUGGAUUAUCGUGGUGGUGGGCGGGGUUUGGUCAACCGCCUUUUUGCUCAUAAACUUCUGGCGUCUCUGGAAGGCGACGCUGAGCCGUGUGUGGUUCAUAGGAAUAGUGGCUGUCGUGACUGUAUUUCACAUGCUGCUGGCGAUGUCCUUCAAGUUUUACUUCCUGCAUUACAAAUUUUAG